CAAAGGGAGCAUUGAGAGGUGUCUCCUCCGUUCCAUUUCCCUCUCUCCAGGGUCCGUACGAGACGCGGACAAUGCCCUUCGGUGUCGCGCACCGUCUCAGUUCUUGCCCCGGAUUGCUCGUCAGCAUCAAGCCCCAUGGAUCUUUCGGUUCAUCCGCAGCUCUGCGUCGCUCCGUCCGCUGUUCCAGGACGGACAGCAAGCCGCCAGUUGCAGGGGCGAGAUUGCAGCAUUUUAAGGGCGGGGCUGCUGAUAUGGCGAAACUGAGAGAGUUAGAGCAGAAAGUGGCGCUUCUUGGCAUUGACUGUGAGGAUCCCAGCAGGCCUGGAUUCUACUGCAACUUGUUUUGUCCAAAGUGCCGAGGGGGACAGAAAGUUGAGAGAAGUCUCUCUUUCCACAUCGUCCAAAGCGGGGAGUUCGCAAUGUGGAGGUGUUUCAGAAUGGAAUGCGGAUGGGCUGGUCAGGCCUUUGCAGAGAUGAAGGCCAAUUCCACUGUACAGAUGACAGAAGAGAGCCUAAGGUUGGAACCCUUGAGUGAUAAGAUUAUUGGGUACUUUGCAGAACGAAAAAUAUCAGAGGAAACUCUUCAAAGAAAUGGAGUCAAACAACUAUCAGGCGAACAGAGUGCAAUUUCUUUUCCUUACAAAAGGGAAGGACAACUUGUUGGUUGCAAGUAUCGGACGUUGGAAAAGAAAUUUUGGCAGGAGAAGGGUACCGAAAAGACAUUAUAUGGAUUAGAUGACAUAUCAGAAGCAGAUGAAAUUGUCAUUGUUGAAGGUGAAAUUGAUAAGCUCUCGUUGGAGGAAGCUGGCUUUAUAAAUUGUGCAAGUGUUCCUAGUGGUGCCCCAGGAAAAGUUUCCAAGAAAGGAUUGCCUUCUCCAGACAAGGACACAGCUUAUCAAUACUUAUGGAACUGCAAGGACUACUUGGAUAAGGCUUCUCGAAUAAUCCUGGCAACUGAUGGUGAUGCACCUGGUCAAGCUUUGGCAGAGGAGCUUGCAAAGCGCCUUGGAAAACAAAGAUGUUGGAAGGUAAAUUGGCCGAAAAAGGAUGACUUCAGUAGGUUCAACGAUGCAAAUGAGGAGUCAAUCCCAUUCCUCACAGGGUCUUAAACCUUGGACAUUCAGAUCGUUGGCACAUGGUGGACAUUGUUGUGAAUCCAGAAAGCUCGCUUUUUUUUCUGAAGUGUUUCGAGAAAAUUUCCUUAGUCAAAAUAAUCUAUGACUGAUAAGACAGUCUAGUUUCAGUGAUUACGAAGCAUUUUUGGGCUUUUGCAGUUUGUCAUGGCAUCUUCUAUGAGCAGGCGCUGUGGUUUUUGUCUUCCACGCGACAAUAAUUCAAUGUAGAAUGCAAAACUUCUUUUGA